CGCUGGUGACCGCCCGCCGCGCCGCCGGAGGUUCACCCGCGCCCUCCCCCAGGACGGGCCCGCGGAAUUCCGGCCCCUCGGUCCCGGACGCGGAGGCCGCUUUGCGCGCCGGGCGGCCGUGAGGCCGGAAGAUGGCCUGGGUGCUCAAGAUGGACGAGGUGAUCGAGUCCGGGCUGGUCCACGACUUCGACGCCAGCCUCUCGGGCAUCGGGCAGGAGCUGGGCGCCGGCGCCUACAGCAUGAGCGAUGUGUUGGCAUUACCCAUUUUCAAGCAGGAAGAUUCCAGCCUUCCGUUGGAUGGUGAAACUGAACACCCACCCUUUCAGUAUGUCAUGUGUGCUGCGACAUCACCGGCAGUAAAACUGCAUGAUGAAACGCUUACUUACUUGAACCAAGGUCAGUCUUACGAAAUUCGGAUGCUGGAUAACCGGAAAAUGGGAGAUAUGCCUGAGAUUAGUGGAAAAUUGGUAAAGCAGUUACCGAGUGAAGUAAAUGUGAAAGCCCUUUGGAGAAGAAGGAACCAUAGAAAAAUUAGUUGGAGUUAUGCAAAAACAACAGCAGCAAAACCACCAUCCAAGUCACAUUCUCUUGUAUCAGAGUACAAGAGCAUCAUCCGAGUCGUUUUCCAUGACAGACGGCUACAGUACACGGAGCAUCAGCAGCUUGAAGGCUGGAAGUGGAACCGCCCGGGAGACAGACUUCUCGACUUAGAUAUCCCAAUGUCUGUGGGAAUAAUUGAUACAAGGACAAAUCCAAGCCAGUUAAAUGCGGUUGAAUUUCUGUGGGACCCUGCAAAACGUACAUCUGCUUUCAUUCAGGUGCACUGCAUCAGCACAGAAUUUACUCCCCGGAAGCACGGGGGUGAAAAGGGAGUGCCUUUUAGGAUCCAGGUUGACACCUUUAAGCAGAAUGAGAAUGGGGAAUACACGGAUCAUCUGCACUCAGCUAGCUGCCAAAUCAAAGUGUUUAAGCCUAAGGGAGCAGACAGGAAACAAAAAACCGACCGAGAGAAGAUGGAGAAGAGAGCUGCCCAUGAGAAGGAGAAGUACCAGCCGUCCUACGACACCACCAUCCUCACGGAGAUGAGGCUUGAGCCUAUAAUUGAAGAUGCAGUUGAACAUGAGCAGAAAAAGUCCAGCAAGCGGACUUUGCCAGCAGACUACGGUGAUUCUCUGGCAAAGCGAGGCAGUUGUUCUCCGUGGCCCGAUACCCCCACCGCCUACGUGAAUAACAGUCCUUCCGCAGCACCCACUUUCACUCCCCCCCCGCCGAGCACCUGCAGUGUCCCAGACAGCAAUUCUUCUUCCCCAAAUCAUCAGGGAGAUGGCGUUUCGCAGGCCUCUGCUGAACAACUUCAGCCUUCCGCCACAAUUCAGGAAACACAGCAGUGGCUGCUCAAAAAUCGCUUCUCUUCCUACACGAGACUGUUCUCCAAUUUUUCAGGUGCCGACUUACUAAAACUGACAAAAGAGGAUUUAGUACAAAUUUGUGGUGCAGCCGAUGGAAUUCGGCUCUAUAAUGCACUGAAGUCAAGGUCAGUUAGGCCCCGCUUAACCAUCUAUGUCUGCCAGGAGCAGCUGGGCAGCACACCGCUGCUCGGGCAGCAGCAGGCUGCAGGCAGUGGAGGCGAGAAUGGCAGUGGGACACCCUACGUUUAUCAUGCUAUCUACUUGGAGGAAAUGCUUGCCUCAGAAGUCGCUCGAAAACUUGCGUUGGUGUUUAAUAUUCCUUUGCAGCAAAUUAACCACGUUUACAGACAGGGUCCCACUGGUAUCCACAUUCUUGUUAGCGAUCAGAUGGUUCAGAACUUUCAAGAUGAGAGUUGCUUUUUAUUCUCCACAGUAAAAGUUGAAAAUGGUGGUGGUAUCCACAUAAUUUUGAAGUGAUGUCCUAUGUAGAUUGAACUAUAUUCAGUACCAAAUAAAGUCACGCUUAAAAGUGUGUGAAGACUGAAUCCAAGAAGUCGUGGGAUUGGAUUUGACCAUAUAUAAAAUGUUUCAUAUUGAAAACAAGAUGAACUUCAGGUGAGCCGUAUGCGAGGCAGCUCCCGUCACUGCCGUAGCCAAGCAUCCUUGUGAGAUCGAGCCCGUCGGGAAAGCGUGCAGCCGGCUCGGAGGCCCUGGUGCGGACAGAGCUGCCUGCUCCUCUGGCAGAGGCCAGUGGAUAAAAUUCCUAGAAGCAGCCUCUGUUUUUUACACAGUAUGCAGUUUGGAAAUGAAUGUAAAAACUCACUGUGGGCAUUUACCUUUCUGUGCCAGUUUGGCUUUUAUUGCUUGGACCUUGUGCUGACGUGGAGGGGCGGGGGGGGUGGGUGGGGGCAGUGCAGUGUGGAGCCAGGAUGGGCUCUGUGGAGAUGCGAUGUGCUGGUAACACCAGCGGCCAGGUGACGGAGGCUCUGCACUUCUUGGAGGAAAUCACGUCCCAGGUGUGCGUUGACAGGAUCAUGCCAGCUCGGGGAAGAUCAAGCCGGAAGGAUGGGCUUGACGCAAACUGCAUUAUCAGGAGUACCUUGGUGAGAGGAUCAGUGUAAAUCCUAAUAGGUACAAAGACUUCUUUGUGUUUUUGCUUUGUCACAGUUUUAUUGGAAAACUUUUUGCUUCUGCUUCCAUUUUUAGCAUUUUAGUUUCUGGUUUUCCAUUUUUGAAGCCCAUCGCCUUUAAAACUCAUGUGGUUUUCUCCCCCCGCCCCCUCCUGUUCUGUUUCCUACUUUUCAUUUUAAACAUUUUUAAAGCCCUACCCUACCUGGAUGGUGAAAACAGGUGACCUCAGCAGGGGAAGAAGUAGUACUGCUGAUGGCUUCUGACUUGGUGUUAAGAAGGCUUCGUUGUCAACAAGACGAAAUUGUUCCUGCAACACUAGAUGUCACAAAUCAAACACUAAAAUCACCAUAAAAAUCCCUUCUUCCUCACCUCAGAUACUGGGCUCUGGUACAAUCAUAGAUAAAGAUUCUGAUGAUUAAUUAGGUGCUGUUUCUAUAGAGUGCCUCUUCCACAAAGUCAAAUGCUUGUCUGCCAGUAUACUUCCCAAAGGGAAUCCACUCUUUUUCUCAUUUAUCUCCCCCUUCACCCAAAGCCUUCCCGAAAGUCAUCAGCAAGCAUUUUUUGAGGCCUGUGGUAUAUAUAGCAGACCCAAGUGUUAAGAAAUCCUUAUAUUCCAUUUUAAUUAUAGUGUAUCUCUGUCCAAUUUGCCUAGGCGUUUCAGCUUUGAAUGUGCUGUUUGAUCAUCUUUGUUCAGAGGGAAAUACCAAUUUUUGAGUUUGAAAUCUCUCCCAGGAGACAAAAUACAGUGGGUAGAAGUGUUGAUAUUUUAUGAUUAAUUCAUAAAUAAAGCAGGUGAAUUGUUAAAUAUAAAGCAGCACAGCACUGUCUCAACCUAUUCCCAUCUUCAGUUUGAGAAUGCCUGUAACUCCCGUAGAGCCUGCUGGGGGACAGCUUUCCUUCACUUCCCCUUUGCUUUGUUUGGCCAAAUGUUUUCUGUAGCAGUCACACACUCUCUCAUUUGGGAGUUUUGCUUGUCUGUGUAGCAUCCCUUUCUGGGCUUUCGGGAUCCACGGAACAGUAAAUGCCAUUUGAUGCUGUGGGCUAUUUUCAAUUCCUCAUCAGGUUUUAGAAGUAGAGUAAAAAUAAUUAAAAACUCAUCAAACUCAAAACUGUACUGAGUGGUAUUGAACAUUAGUCUGUCCCAGUGAAACAGGUUAAAUUAUGGUACCAGCAGAUUUGCUACUUUUCUUUUUUUAACAGUAGGAUGUACACGUUUCAGUAUAAUAAACGUUUUCUGAUGGUUUUGCAAAUGUCUCAUUUACAGUCCCCGUUUCUGCCAUGCCUGUAGUGUCACCUCAAGUCCUGUGUGAAUCAGAGUUGAGGGGUUCGAUGUUCGCCUGCGCUGAGUACACGCCAGUCCGAGUGUUGAGAGCCCAGGCCUCUGUGUCUGCUUUUCCUUUUCAAUUUGUUGUUCUCUCAAAGUUGAUGCAACUGAGGAUAAGUUAUAUCCAGGUUAACUGUUCCACACUCAGGAAGCAAACCUGAUGUGUUACAAGAGGUUGUCCUACUUGGUGCCUGAGGUCAGGGGUCAAAUCACUUCCUGUAUCAGUUGUUUUUUCCCCACACACACAGUGGUGUGGACCAGGGAAUACUGGAGUAGAUCAUAAGGCAGUGAAAUCAUUAAGACUGGAGUACGUACCCCGAUAAUCCUGCAGAGUUGAUUUAUGGGGCUGUAUACACAUCUGCCUUCUCCUAGAAUGCAGCUGGGGCAGUGUAUCUUUAAAAAUGGUCAUCUUAACAGAGGAGCUGCUAGUUGUGGAAAAAUUCCCUCUGGUUUCAUCUCAUCUUCUCCUGGCUUUUCACAUUGGGGGAGUGGCUGCAAGGUCAGCUACGAUUAACAGACAAGUUCACAAUGAAGGCGGUAGUGAGUUCCUCAUCUUUAAUAAAGAUCACACAUGUGGACAGUACAGAGCAGGAAUCAGCCACAGCGGAAAAUAGCUCAUCAGAGUUUUGACAACAUUAGGAAGGUCUGAAUUUCAAAAAUGCUUUUCCUCAGAUUUGUCUGUCAUAAGAUUUAUAGCAAUAAAACCCUCUCAGUUAAUUUUUUUUUUUUUAACAUUGCAGUGGUUUAUUCAUUUUUAUGAGUAAAAGUUGCCAACACUUUACUGAUCUGAGUUUGAAGUGUAAAAUUUUUGAAUAGUUCUGGUGUAACUUGAUUUCUAAGAUUUUAAAAUAAACUUGAAAAAAAAAAAAAAA